GGCUCCCUCAACCGUUUUGCCUGCCUGUCAUCAGCGCGCAAGCUCGCCACCCCGCCCCCUCCCCGUCUCGCGCAAAACAGCACCAGCGCUCAGAAGAGUAAAUAGAGAGAGAGAGUGAGCCCCAAGAUGGCGGAGUCACUGGGCUUCAUUCACUUUGGUGCAGCGGCUAAAAGCCCGCUCGCCAAACCGAAAGAGUCUAAAAAAGCUUCGCAGGCACGGCCGCAAUCCUCCCGGGACCAUCAGCCGCCGCCGCCCAAGAAAGUCCGGAGCGACGAAAAGAGUCUUAAGCUCAAGAAACUAAAUGGCGAUGGAGGAGCGGGAGUGGGAGUCAACGCUGGGGCGAAGCAGGAGCCGAGCCAGACUUACAGUAGCCCGACAACAUGGAGCAUCGGUCCGGUUAAGGCGACCAACCCCUCGGCGCCUCAACAGAAGCCUCCCAUCCACAAAGUCUUCAAGCAAAGCGAUUUCCUCCUAUCCUCGCCUGCCAAACUGAAAAAGCCUAAGGAGAAACGCGAUAAAGAGAAGGAGAGAGAUAAGAAGAAAAACAAACCUCCAGGACCCGGGACAAAUAUUAUUAGUCUCAAUAACGUUAAUGUUACGUCUCCGGGGAUGAAGAGGGAAAACGGAGAAGUGAAGUUGGUGCAAAAAGACCACCACACCACGGAGACAACGAAAGAGAGGGAGAACAAAAAGGACAAGGAGAAAGUGAAAGAGAGGGAGAAAGAGAAGAAAAAACACAAAGCAAUGAAUGAGAUAAAGCGGGAGAACGGAGAGGUCAAGCUUCUGCAAAAAGGCGAUAAAGAGAAGCCCAAAAUAAACUCGGAGGAGUUGCAGAUCAAAAAGGUGAAGAAGAAAAAGAAAAAGAAACACAAAGAAGUGGAGAGACGGAGGCGCCCCAAGAUGUACCACAGGUCCAGCCAGACAGCCUGCGCUGGUCUCCUCCCUGCCAAGCACCUCUCCCCCUCCCACAAGGGGGACUUCAAACCCCCCCUCCCCAUUCAGAACAACCCCCUGGCCCUCCCAAAACACGACAAGACCCCCUCCAGGGACUCAGACCCAAAGCCCCCCCAGGCUCAGUGCUCCUACCCUGGGCUGGACGGCAUGGAGUUCAGCCGCCUGGUCCACGUGGAGGAGCAGCCCAACGGAGGGGCCCUGGUGGCCCACGCCUACAACAGAGAGCUGGAGGCUCUGACCCCCCAGGAGAGGCAGCGGUUCGCCCAGGAGUUUGUCACCCUGACCUUCAGCGAGGACCAGGCCCAGGCUGCACACUACGUGAUGGGCAUCGUCCACGGAGCGGCCUGUUACCUUCCAGACUUCCUGGACUACUUCUCCUGCAAGUUCCCCUCCUCGCACGUCAAGAUGGAGAUCCUGGGGAAGAAAGAUAUCGAGACCACCACCAUGGCCAACUUCACCUCUCAGCUCCUGAUACGUCAGUGGAGUCUGAAUGAACAGCUCACCGUGAUGUGCUCUGCCCUGGCAGCGACAGUGUUUUCUGUCUUCAGUCUAACACCUUGUUCUCUCCCUCUCUGUCUCCUACUCUUUCUCUUCCACCCCCUGGCUCUCUCCCUCUCUCUCCCACCGUCCUCUGUUCCAGGCGAUAAAGAGAAGCCCAAAAUAAACUCGGAGGAGUUGCAGAUCAAAAAGGUGAAGAAGAAAAAGAAAAAGAAACACAAAGAAGUGGAGAGACGGAGGCGCCCCAAGAUGUACCACAGGUCCAGCCAGACAGCCUGCGCUGGUCUCCUCCCUGCCAAGCACCUCUCCCCCUCCCACAAGGGGGACUUCAAACCCCCCCUCCCCAUUCAGAACAACCCCCUGGCCCUCCCAAAACACGACAAGACCCCCUCCAGGGACUCAGACCCAAAGCCCCCCCAGGCUCAGUGCUCCUACCCUGGGCUGGACGGCAUGGAGUUCAGCCGCCUGGUCCACGUGGAGGAGCAGCCCAACGGAGGGGCCCUGGUGGCCCACGCCUACAACAGAGAGCUGGAGGCUCUGACCCCCCAGGAGAGGCAGCGGUUCGCCCAGGAGUUUGUCACCCUGACCUUCAGCGAGGACCAGGCCCAGGCUGCACACUACGUGAUGGGCAUCGUCCACGGAGCGGCCUGUUACCUUCCAGACUUCCUGGACUACUUCUCCUGCAAGUUCCCCUCCUCGCACGUCAAGAUGGAGAUCCUGGGGAAGAAAGAUAUCGAGACCACCACCAUGGCCAACUUCACCUCUCAGGUGAAGAGAACCUACUCCCACGGGACGUACCGAGCGGGGGCCAUGCGGCAGAUCAGUCUGGUGGGCGCUGUGGACGAGGAAGUGGGGGAUUACUUCCCAGAGUUCCUCAGCAUGCUGGAGGACUCGCCCUUCCUGGAGCGGACAUUGCCAUGGGGAACGUUCUCCAGCCUGCGGCUGAAGAACCCGACGGAGAGUGACGACGGGCCGAUCAUGUGGGUGCGGCCUGGGGAGCAGAUGAUCCCUGUGGCUGACAUGCCAAAGUCCCCCUUCAAAAGGAAAAGGUCAACCAAUGAGAUCAAGAACCUGCAGUACCUGCCGCGGGCUAGCGAACCUCGGGAGAUGCUGUUUGAGGACCGCACGCGGGCGCACGCCGACCACAUCGGCCAGGGCUUCGAGAGGCAGACUACGGCCGCCGUGGGGGUGCUGAAGGCUGUGCGCUGUGGAGAGGGGCCUGAGCCUCCUCGUGUGACCAAAGACGUGAUCUGCUUCCACGCUGGAGACUUCCCUGAUGUGGUCCAGAGGCUGCAGCUGGACCUGUAUGAACCACCUCUCUCUCAGUGUGUGCAGUGGGUGGACGAUGCCAAGCUGAACCAGCUGAGACGGGAAGGGAUCCGCUACGCCCGGAUCCAUCUCCAUGACAACGACAUCUACUACAUCCCCCGGGGGGUGGUGCACCAGUUCAAGACCGUCUCCGCCGUCUGCAGCCUGGCCUGGCACAUCCGCCUCCGGCAGUACCACCAGGGCCCCUGCUCCCCUCCGGAGGAGAGGAGCGAGCCGGGGGAGGAGAGGGAGGAGGUGGGGGUGGAGGUGGUGGCGAGGGUGGAGGAGGAGAAGAUGGAGAAGGAGAAACGGAGGGUGAAGGAGGAGGAGGAGGAGAGGAAGGUCUGCGAGGGAGCUGAGAAGCAACGGGUGAAGGAGGAGAGGAGAGAAGAGAGGAAGGCGGAGGAGGAGAGGAGGAAAAAGGAGGAGCGGAGGGUGGAGAGGAGUCAUUCGGUACUGUUGAAGCAGCAGAAGACCGAGGGUGGUGCUGUGUGUCCUCCCCCCUCCACCUCCUCCACCACAGACUCCAGACCCAAGCCCCCCAGGGACAGAGACAGGGGGGGCCCUCCUCCAGAGGGCAGAGUGGACCUUGUGGACACCCCCUCACUGGAGACGCCGCCCCUGGCCACACCCCUAGCCCCGUCACAAGACUGCAGGCCCAAAGGACAUCAUCAGCAUCAUCAUCACAGACACCAACACCAUCAUCCUCGCUCAAAAUAUCAAAGCACUUCUUCCAGUUUAACCACAGCUUCCAACCCCUCCUCCUCUCUUUCCUUGAGUCCCUCUCCCUCUGACCAAACGAUUGUCCCCCCUCCCCAUCCCCUCCCCCCCAGUAUCUCUCCCUCAACAAACGCCAGCUCCCCCCUGUUGACAAUGCCCCCCUCCCUGAUACCUCCCAGACCAGCAGCGUCCAGCCAUGUUGAGGCUCCCCUCCCUGCUUCGCAGCCUCAGAGCCCCUGGUUGGACCAGCCCAGGGACAAACACUGGCUCCUCCCCCAGCCCCCUGUGGUCCCCCCUGGACACACAGACACCUCCCCCUUCCCCCACCCCCAUCAACAUCACCCCUCCAACUAUCUACAACCUCACUCCCAACCUUUCCCUUCCACUCUACAGCAUCCGCCGUACUCUCCUGGCUCUCAACCUCACCCCUCUCACGUCCCCCCCCUCGCUUAUCCAUCAUAUCCCGCCUACACCCACCACCUCCUUCCAACACACCCCUCCCAUCCUCCACGCAUCCCUCAACCUCCACCUUCUCCUGCCCCCUUCCUCCCUCCCUCCUCGUCACACCUCCUCUCUCCAUCCUUGUCACACCUACCCAUCCAAGCUCAACCGUCUCCACGACCUCUCAAUCCACAACUGCAUGAACAGAGAAAAGAUGUUUUAUACUGAUUUGUACAGAACUGUUUUACGGCUCAUUGGUUCAGUUUCUCUUGGGAUUAUGUUUUAAUAUGAUAGGAUGAAUAAAAGAGCUAGAAGGAAGUGUAUGUAAAUGUGAGUGAAUGAGUGAAUGUGAGUGAGUGAAUGUGAGAGAGUUUGAAGAGAGAUACUUUUAAAAAGAACCAGAGAGAGAGAACCUGUUAGCAGUAUGUUUGAGUUGGUACAGUAAUGAUGUAAGGAAGGCUCCACUGUAGCCCCCCUAUCCUCCUGGGACUAAACACAGCAGAUGUAGCUUGUAACAUUCCUCAGUGCCUGUCCGUUACUGUGAACUACCCAAGGCACUUAACGCCAGGGACACUGGCCUUCUGACUACAGCUCUCAAACACACAAACAGGUUCUUGAAUAAUAUAUUUUUCCGUUUUUAGGUCAACAUUGAUGUUAUCAGAGCUGACAUGAACAUAUAUAUUUUUUUGUAAAAUUACAGAAUUGUUUAAGAUAUAUAUACUUUUUUUUCAUAGAGCUUAUUUAUAUCCGUUUUGGUUUGUAGUUUUUUCUUUUAGCUGUCAGCACUGUUGUGUAAUUAAAGGUUUUGUAAGGAAACUUGUAGUGUGAUUUCUACCUAAAUAUGAACCUGGCUAAUAAAAAGGUUCAACAUC